AUGGAGGCAGCGGACGUGCCGCCCGAGGGCUACUCGCUGAUCAAGGCCGUGUACCAGCGGCGGCUGCGGCUGACGCGGCUGCUGAUCGACGGCGGCGCCUACGUCAAUGAGAGCAACAGCCGCGGAGAGACCCCGCUCAUGGUGGCCUGCAUGACCCAGCACGCCGACCUGCAGAGCGCCAGCAAGGCCAGGAUGGUCAAGUACCUGCUGGACAACAAGGCUGACCCCAACAUCCAGGACAAGUCGGGCAAGACGGCCCUGAUGCACGCCUGCCUGGAGAAGGCAGGCCCCGAGGUGGUGUCGCUGCUGCUGAUGAGCGGCGCUGACCCCAGCCUGCCGGACCACUCCAACUGCUCCGCGCUGGUGUAUGCCAUCAACGCUGCCGACAGAGACACCCUGGAGCUGCUGCUGAAGGCCUGCAAGGCGCGAGGGAAAGAGGUCAUCAUCAUCACCACCGACAAGUCUGCCUCGGGCAGGCAGAAGACAAAGCAGUACCUGAACGUGCCUCCUCCAGACCUCGAGGAAUGCACUUCUCCAGCUGACUGCACCUCCCCGUCACAGAUAGAACCAGACGAGGGUCCAGAAGACCCAUUCAGCUUUAAAGAGCUGUAUGGUGGGCAGCAGGGGGACAGCUCCUCUGAAAGAGUGCCACUGAUGACCAAAUCCAGCUCCACACCAGCACGGUUCAAGCUGACACAAGUGCUGCAGUGUGAUCCGUGGCUGAAGUGCUGUCCAGCAGUGUUCCAGCAGAGGAAACUUGCUUCUCCACAAGAACUCCAGUGUAUCAGUCCCAUGGAAGAGCUCUCCUGUAAAGUCGGUGGCCUUGACUUAUGCAAGAGUGUCACCUCCAGUCAUGAAAGUAGAGACAGGAAGGACACUGCUCAGGUACUGAGAACCUCUGAUCAAACCAUGUCAAGGAAAGCACUGCGUGAUGCAAUAAACUAUCAGCCUCCUUUUGUUGAAGAGAAACAUAACCCCAGUGAGAUUCCCAUGGGCAUGGAUGCCAGUUUGGGACAAAUCAGCUUACUUUCAAACCUUGGCAGCAUUAUCAAGAAGGGAAGUGGAGAAGCAAAUUACAACAUCUCUGGUUCUCAGUUAACCAACAGUCUGAUUCCUGCUGCUGAUACCAAAGGUAGUAAGUCACCACAAGGAAAUAGAGAGAUUCUUCCUACGUACCAGACUUUGUUACCAAGUCCAAGAAGAGGUCUGGAGAUGUCUCCUGUUUCUCCAAGAGGCAGAAAUCAGGCUCCUCUAGGGGAAGAGGGAUCAGGAGCCUUAGUGCUGGAUCAGACAAGGCCAGGUUUUCUGCCUCCACUGAAUGUGAGCCCCCGCCCCCCAGUUCCAGAGCUCACUGUCAUAAACACAGUGUCUGGAAUGAUUUCUUAUGGACAAACUCACUUAGCCCCCCCAGGAUCUGCUUUCCCUAAGGGGACCAAAGAGACGAAUCUGAUGCGGAGGAGGCCCUAUGAGCAGAUCACAGUCUGA